CCCCCGGCACCGGGCCCGGGCGGCGGGAUUUUGUGUGAGGAGAGCGCGCGGCGCUCCGGCCAGCCCCGUCCGUGCCUCAGCGCGGGCGCAGCGGCGGUGCGUUCCCCAGAGAGGCCUUAAGGAGAUAUAAAUGAAGAACCCUGGAAUCAGCAUAUGAGGCACACGCUCCAUUCCCUUCUCACUUUGUGAAGCUGUAUGAUGGACCAUGGAUUGCCGCUUGGUUGUUGGAGAAGUUGACAAGAAAUUCUGAAGUGGAAUGGAUGGGGAUAUAAUGACUCUAAAUUCAUAUUCAAUAAGAAGGGUCAAGCAGAAUUCACAGGAAAGAGGUACAGAUUAGGUGGUAUGGUAUUACCAACUUUUAAAGAAUGGAUAGAAAAAACCUUUGGAGCAAGUCUGGAGCACAAAACUACCUCUAGAGCAUCUUUAAAUGUUAAUGAUGUACCUCCAUCUAUUGUAAAUGAAGAAUUUCUUCAGGAUCUUAGAGCCACUAAAAUCUCAUAUUCACAGGAUGCAGAAGAUAGGGUAUUCAGAGCUCAUGGUCACUGCCUACAUGAGAUAUUUGUACUCAGGGAAGGAAUGUUUAAGCGAAUUCCUGAUAUAGUUGUAUGGCCUGUUUGCCACGAAGAUGUAGUUAAAAUUGUGGAAUUAGCCUGCAAACAUAAUCUGUGCAUAAUACCAUUUGGAGGAGGAACAAGUGUCUCUAGUGCCCUUGAAUGCCCUGAAGAAGAGAAAAGAACAAUUGUCUCUCUGGAUACAUCACAAAUGAAUCGGAUUCUCUGGAUAGAUGAGAAGAAUUUAACAGCAUGUGUGGAAGCUGGCAUUAUUGGACAAGAUUUGGAAAAACAGCUUUCUGAAAGUGGCUUCUGUACAGGACAUGAACCAGACUCCAUGGAGUUCAGCUCAUUAGGAGGAUGGGUAGCAACACGAGCAUCAGGCAUGAAGAAAAACAUCUAUGGAAACAUUGAAGAUCUGGUGAUUCAUAUAAAAAUGGUAACUCCCAGAGGAAUAGUUGAAAAAAACUGUCAAGUACCUCGCAUGUCAACAGGACCUGAUAUCCAUCACUUUAUUAUGGGAUCUGAAGGAACUCUGGGAGUGGUUACUGAAGUUACGGUAAAGAUUCGGCCUCUUCCUGAAUACCAGAAAUAUGGCUCUGUGGUCUUCCCCAACUUUGAACGAGGGGUGGCCUGCCUAAGGGAAGUGGCAAAGCAGAGAUGUGCUCCUGCAUCAAUUCGCCUUGUUGACAAUGCACAGUUUCAAUUUGGUCACGCUCUUAAACCACAAGUUGCUUCCAUUUUUACAUCAUUUUUGGAUGGACUGAAAAAAUUCUACAUCACAAAGUUCAAAGGAUUUGAUCCCAACAUCCUAUGUGUAGCUACCUUGCUCUUUGAGGGUGACAGAGAGAAGGUUCUUCAGCAUGAAAAACAAGUCUAUGACAUUGCCACCAAGUUUGGUGGCUUGGCAGCUGGAGAAGAUAAUGGACAGAGAGGAUAUAUGCUGACAUUUGUCAUUGCUUACCUUCGGGAUCUGGGCCUGGAUUACUAUGUAAUAGGAGAGUCGUUUGAGACAUCUGUUCCUUGGGAUAGGGUUUUAGACCUCUGUAGGAAUGUAAAGGAAAGGAUAGUGAGAGAAUGCAAAGAAAAGGGUGUUCAAUUUGCUCCCUUUUCCACCUGCAGGGUGACACAAACUUACGAUGCAGGUGCAUGUGUCUAUUUCUACUUUGCUUUUAACUACAGAGGGAUUAGUGAUCCUAUUCAUGUCUAUGAAGAAAUUGAGAGGGCUGCUCGAGAAGAAAUACUUGCCAAUGGAGGAAGUCUGUCACAUCACCAUGGAGUAGGCAAAUUGCGGAAGCGCUGGAUGAAGGAGAGUAUCUCUGAUGUUGGCCUGGGAAUGCUGAGAUCUGUUAAGGAAUAUGUGGACCCCAAUAACAUCUUUGGAAACAAAAAUCUUUUAUAAAGCCCUUCACAAUGUGGUGUACUGAAACUUCUUCAAAAUUACCGUUGAAAUUCUUCCAUGUUCAUUGUACUGAUAUCCCAGUAAUCAAAUAUAACAUAGCCGAAACUUUAAAACUAGUAUCUUACAUUGAUUUUUGCCAUCCCCUGCUCCCCAAUAAAGUUUAAACAUUGCUGUUAACGUUUAUGGAUUUUUACUUAUAAUGCUCUUAAACAACCCACUGGGCAUAAAGUACAUUACCAGCCAGGAAAUGCUAAUUUGAUUUCCCAAGUUUGGCUAGGCAACACAGCUGACAAUAUUUUCAAUGCUGGAUACAGCCAGCUGUUUCUUACUAAAGCAUCCCCCUGCAAGGAGAACAAAGACUGACAACAGUGUUUUCUACAGAAGCAGCUGCUCAACCCAGCCUCUUGCUAAAGGAAAGCUGCUAGGAGACAGAUGAGAUUACACCAAGGAGUACUUCUCUGUGCUGAAGAAUUAGGUAUGUAACAGAUUUGUAACCAGCGAAUACUUAAAGCACAAAUGUAGGCUUUAAUCAAAAAAGACGAUGCAAGCUAAACUGUUUCUAAAAAACUCAGUCUCCCACCUUAAUAACAGCUGGAAAAUUGUAAACAAUUGAGCUGUUCUAAGUUGUAUUUGCAUUGCUGGGAUUAUCUUAAAUUAAGCAUAGGUCAGUCACUGUAAGUUUUGUACAAUCGACAUUUCUCACUGUAUGUUAAUAACAGGUUUGUAACAAAACUUUGCCUUCAUCUGUACUGCAGUCCUAGUGUGUAUGGUUUUGCUCCUGUUUUUGUUUAUUUUGCAGAAAUGCAAAAUAUCUUUUUCAGUAAAAGAAAAACAGAUUUUGGCUUUUCAAGUGAAACUGCCCAGCGCUGUCUUUUGAAACAGUCUCAAUGGUUUAAUAAAACUGAAGUGGACAUACUAUCAUUCUGAAAGUGAGGUUUCCCUUUUUAGUUUUGUACAGUUUCCUAUGGCAUUGAUGAAUCAUUUGUCUACUUCACUAUUAGCCACAACUUUAAUUAUCCAUUUAACUUUAAGAAAAUGAAAUAUUUUCUUGAUCAGUAUGGUAUGCGAGUAAGCAUUUUUACAUGGAAACUUGAAUCUUGAUCAGUAAAACAAACUAAAAGUAUUUGUCAGUACUCAUGACACAAUUGUAGGGUGGUUAUUUUCUUAAAGCAUGUUAUUAACCUUUUUGAUAAUUAAUGUAUAUGAUUGCAUAAGAAGAAAAAAAAACCCAUGAACUGGCCUUUGAGGACACAGUCUCUCUAGCCAACUGCUUCACAACGCUGUAGUGUCAGUUUGGACACCUUUUUUUAUUAGUAUUGCCCUUAAUGAGAUGAAAAAAAAAAGUAUUGUUUUU